AGGCUUCGAUGCUCUCGAAUCCCUUCAACUCCUUAUUUUUUUUUUCUUUCUAAAUCUUGUACUCUGUCACUUUCUCUUCUUCUCUUUCUCUUUUAUUCUAGUAAGCAUAUAUGAACUCAAUAGGAUGGACGACCAGGUCCAUUUUGAUCACGAUCCAUACCGAUCGCGCAAAAGUGAGCAGCGCACCAUGAUGGCUGUCGAACAGCAGCAUGACUCGCAACGAGCCAAUUCGUACCUGCCAUAUUCCAACCAUCCUCCAGACAUAACUCAAGCUAAAACAAUGCUCUAUCUGAACGAGGAGCAAGACGCCCUUUCAUCAUUAGCAACAGCAGGAGGGGGAGGACGUCCACCACCCAACAAUUUUCUUCAUAGCAACCGUCUCGACUUACUACAACACGAUGGUGGUCCAAGCCGCUCCAUGCUGUCGGCUACCACCAUGUCCUUGUUAUUCAAGGCAGCACCCGUGCGCAAAGAAAACACGACCCUCUCACUCGAAAUUGCGCGCAAGAAAAGAAAGCUAUCACCUCAGCAACGUCGUCGCUGCUGGUGCCACAUUCUGUUUUCGGUCAUCACAUUAAUCUUGUUGACAGGUGGACUCAUCGCGUUCUUCUGCUGGCCACGCACGCCGCAUAUUUUGAUGGACGACAAUGCACAAACGAUGCAUACGCCUGCGGACUGGGGUCAGGAUAACCAGGCGUUUCUACGAGCAACAUGGCUUGUGAACGUGACAUUUGAUAACUCGCAAAACUGGAUCCCUACGCAUAUCAAUUACAUGGAGCUGUAUCUUGUCGAUGCCUUGCAUCAGGACAAGCAGUUUGGCAUGGCAGAAAACACAUUGACCUUGGCGCCUCGUAAGAGCACGCUGCUUCAGUUGGUAUUCCAUAUCAGUUAUGAUGCUGCAUCCGUGAAUGACCCGACCUUCCAGAAUCUCUACAAUGCAUGCGGCCCAAAAAAGCUGGGCACUCCUCCCGAUCUGGCGGUUGCAAUACAGGGUCAAUUACAUAUUCGGGGGCUCGCAUGGUCACAACACGUUACCACAACACCAUCCACCGGAAAGUUCUUAUGUCCCACCGUAUAGAACAAGCAACAUGGCGAGCAUUUAUCAUGUACGACGAACUUCCAUGCACAAUGCGCCCGCAGGAUUUUCUUGUUUUCAUAACGUCACAAAAUAUCUAUAGCUCCCACUACUACCACUACUACUAUCAUACUAAUUAAACUCUUUCUUACUCUUCACUGCAUCACCAUCAUCAAAUCACUACCCUCAUUAAUUGUUAUAUAGCUUCGUUCAAUACAUU